GUUGUUGUCUCCAAUCUCGGUACGUCAAUCUGCGACUGGCUCAUAUACAUCUGACUACUAAUCGUUCCUGUAGGACUCGUCUUCUGCCGGAGUCCAAAUAUAUCUUGGCGCUCUCCACGUUCUCGUGCCUGUGGAAAUGUUUGUGCUGGGACCACGCCUCAGGUCUCAUCCUUGGCAUUCGAGGAUAUCACGCAAAGCUCGUGGCCGACAUCGGCCUCGUCCGGCGAAGCACUGGCAUGGUUACCCUCCGUUUUCCAGGAGCGUGCGACAAUUGGCAGUGAUGUUUAGCACGAGAACUCAAGAUCCAAGUGAUCAACAUCAGUCAAUAGUUGUCGGAUGCUUUGGAGGGAAAACGAGAAGGUGGUUUGGGUAUCUUAUCGAUCGUGGUACUGAUUUAAUGUUCCAACGACAGAGAAGAAUAGGUUUGGGUGAAUUAAUAUCAUGUUGCAUCACCAUUCACACUUGCACAAAGGUCACCGGUAGGAGUGGUGGAAGCGUCCACGUGAAGGCCAAAAAUCAUGAGUGCUGAUUUGAUCUUCAAUCGAUACAUUCUGCAAAAAUGGGAUCUCAGCCACUGAGCCAUCUGUUCCGCAGGAAAAAUCUGUCUGAUGGUAUCGGACCUGCAGACGUGUACAUCACGUGACUUUUGGUUGACGCCCGAGCA